AUGUCUGAAGGAGAAUCAUUAUCAUUUGUAAAAGAUCUUUCUACUUUAACUUACGAAAAUGUAUCACGAGCGAUCCUGACAACUCGAGGAUUAUAUGAUAAUGUGUAUCAAUAUGGUCGACAAGUCGGUGAUCAAGCAUAUCAAACGACAAGAUAUUACUGGGAUAAUUUUCCUCCUUUACGUUGGCUUGCCUAUACUUUUAUAGUAUUUGUUCUCCCUCCGUUAAUAAUUUUUGCCGGAUGGAUGGUUCUAACAUUCGGUUUCGUAUCUGCUAUAGCAGGGGCUGGGGUGGUUGUUUCUCAAGGAUUUCUGACAACUUGUGGAUUUUUCGUGUUUCUUCCCACCGCCGGUUUUCUUAUAUUUGUUGCUUUUAUGAUGGCUUGCUUUGCAGUUUUUACUUGGGGAGGAAUUCAAACCGCUAACGCAGCUUUGUCAAAAUUUGGUCUAAUUAGAAGAGGGAAUUUUAUGGAAUUUGCAAAGCAAAGAGCCAUUUCUGGCAGGGGUGCACGCCAAUCCGAUUAUGAACAUUCACGUAGAUGA